AUGGCCGGCGAAACCAAGUUCGAAGGCUGGUGCGGCCUUGACAAAAACUCUGCCGACGGGAACUUGAAAUGGCAGGCUUACGACGCCAAGGUGUGGGAGGAGACUGAUGUGGAUAUUGAGAUCUCUCACUGCGGUGUCUGCGGUUCAGAUCUUCACACUCUCCGCUCCGGAUGGGGUGAGACGCCUUAUCCUGCGGUCGUGGGACACGAGAUCGUUGGCAAAGCCAUCCGUGUCGGCAAAGACGCAAAGACCGCCUCCGGCAAAUCCAUCAAGGAAGGCGACCGUAUUGGCGUUGGCGCCCAGAGCAGAUCCUGCUUGAAGCCCGACUGCGAGAUGUGCUCCGAGGGCAUCGAGAACCACUGCACCAACGAUUUCGUGCAGACCUAUGGCAUGAAGUAUCCGAACGGAGAUAUUGCCCAAGGAGGAUACGCCAAGUACUGGAGAGGUCAUUCUCACUUUGUGUUCCACAUCCCCGAUGCUGUUUCCAGCGAGAUGGCCGCACCUAUGCUGUGCGGUGGAGUCACGACCUACUCGCCGUUGAAGCAGAACGGAUGUGGACCAGGGAAGAGAGUCGGUGUUGUCGGCAUUGGUGGUCUGGGACACUUCGGUCUCCUAUGGGCCAAGGCCCUCGGAGCCGACAAAGUUGUCGCCAUUUCCCGCGGCCGCACAAAGGAAGAAGACGCCCGCAAACUCGGCGCCGACGACUUCAUCGCCACCAGUGAAGAGGGCUGGGAGACAAAGCACGCCAACUCCCUCGACAUCAUCAUCAGCUCAGUGUCCUCGCCCAAGAUGCCUUUGGCCGGCUACCUCUCCCUACUCGCUUUCCGCGGCCGCUACGUGCAGCUCGGAAUCCCGGAGAAGCCAUUGCCAGAGAUCCCCGCUGCCGCGCUUGUGAUGAAGAAUGCCACGAUGGGAGGUAGCUUGAUUGGCGCUCCAAAUGAGAUCGAGGAGAUGCUGCAGCUUGCUGCGGAUAAGGGGGUAAAGGCUUGGAUAAAUGAGAGGCCUAUGAAGGAGGCGAACCAGGCGAUCAAGGACUUCGAUGCUGGCAAGCCGAGAUACAGAAUCUGCUUGGUUAACGAGAAGUCUUGA